AUGGGGUACAUCCCGGAUUCAGCGCUAGCUAGGCUAAAAGACUACAAGUACAAAGGCGUGGACAAGUCGCUUCUGUCCAACCAUGUGCUGAAUCCGUUUUGGAACUGGUUCGUCACGCUCUGGCCGACAUGGGUGGCCCCGAACACUAUUACGCUCUCUGGGCUGGCGAUCGUGGGGUUCAAUUUUGCUACGAUGCUCUACUACGAUCCGGAGUAUCUGACGGCUAAGGGUGGCGUUGAGAUACCUAGCUGGGUGUACCUCUCGUGGGGGAUUGGGCUAUUCGCGUACCAGACAUUCGAUGCUAUCGACGGAAAGCAGGCGAGGAGAACGGGCAUGGCAGGACCAUUGGGAGAAAUGUUUGAUCAUGGCUGCGAUGCUAUCAACACUACGCUCGAAGUUAUCCUAUGUUCCCAUGCUCUCAACCUCGGACGGUCGUGGUGGACUGUAGCAUCACAGAUCGCAACUCUGGCCAACUUUUACCUGACUACAUGGGAGGAGUUCCACACGGGUGUACUCUACCUGGGCCCAUUCUCUGGACCUGUGGAAGGUAUCCUCAUGAUCUCUGGCAUAUACUUUAUCACCAGUGUGACGGGCCCCACAUUCUGGGAUACGCCUUUCCUGACAUUCACCGGCCUGGACAAGAUUGACUUGGUCUCCCAAUACGUGCCGAACGUCGGUAUCAACGAGACGUUCAUGUUCAUGGCUGGCUGGGGGCUCGCCUUCAACAUCGUCGGGUCCUACACGAACGUCUACAAAGCCUGCCGCGAGCAGGGCAAGUCGGUUCUCCGCCCAUUGCUGUUCUUGCUGCCUUUCCCCGUCUCUGCUGCGGCCCAAGUCGCAUGGCUCGGCUACCCGUCAUUCAAGGGAUCCGUCAUCCUGAACUCUCCGGCAUUUGUACCGUUCUUGUGCGGAUGGGGACUGCUGUUUGCGCACCAGGUUGGAAGGAUGAUUCUGGCGCACGUCACCAAACAGGUCUUCCCCUGGACGGACAUCACUUGGUUAUGGGCCGCCAUCGGUGCCAUUGACGCGAACCUGCCUAAGCUUAUUGGACAUGCCCCCCUCAUCCAGACCACCCUGCGUCGGACAGAAGAGCUCGCUUUCGCCACGAUGAUCGUCGCAGGUCUCACCUAUGGCCGCUUCGUCGUGACCGUCAUCAAUGAGAUCACGAACUAUCUGGGUAUCGCCUGUCUCACUGUCCGUAAGAAGGACGCGAACGGCGAGUGGCAAGACGCGAACCCCGAAAAGAAGGAAUAG